UACAAAAUUUUUUUUUUUGAGCGUAGAAAUGUUAAUACGUUCAAUCCUCACCACCAUCUUGCUGUGGUUUGCUACCGUCACUUGUUUUCAAGCAUUUUAUGGAGUUCAAGCACGAAAAAAUUUAGACGUCGAUAACUCUAAUGAACUCCAAGACUGUCACACGGGAAAUGUCAUCGACGACUGUUGGAGAUGCUACAACUCAACAUGGUAUGAAAAUCGUAAAAGACUUGCAAGUUGCACAAAAGGGUUCGGCAAAAAAGCUAACGGCGGUAAAACUGGUCAAUUUUACACAGUCACAGACGACACUGACGAUCCGAUGAACCCCAAAUUUGGCACUCUCCGUUACGGAGUAAUUCAAGAACACCCUCUGUGGAUCAUAUUCGAACGAAGCAUGACCAUUAACCUCAAAACAGAGCUCAUCAUCCACAACGACAAGACCAUCGACGGAAGGGGAGCCAGUGUGCAUGUCACGGGGUAUGGAUGCAUCACCUUACAGUAUGUCAGUCAUGUCAUCAUCCAUGGCGUCCAUGUACAUGAUUGCAAGCCAUCACCGCCGGGAUACGUGGCAGUUCGACCGGGAGUUAAGAUUCGUAGAGGAGGGUCUGAUGGGGAUGGGAUUAAGUUGUUCGGUGCUAGAAAUGUUUGGAUUGAUCAUUGUUCUUUUUGGAGUUGUAGUGAUGGGCUUAUUGAUGUUAUUAUGAAUUCUACUCAUGUCACCAUCUCAAAUAAUCACUUCAAAGAACAUGACAAGGUGAUGCUUUUGGGCUAUAAUGAUGACGAUGCAAUUGAAGAAAAAAUUCUAAGAGUGACACUUGCAUAUAAUCACUUCGGAAAGAACUUGGUCCAGCGAAUGCCAAGAUGCCGACAUGGACGAUUUCACAUCGUAAACAAUUACUACAGUAAAUGGGAAAAUUACGCCAUUGGAGGCACAGCAAAUCCUUGGAUUCUUAGCCAGAGUAACGUAUUUGUUGCUCCUGACAAACCUUUUAACAAAGAGGUUACAAGUAGAAUACACGCACAAGAUUGGACCAAUUGGAAUUGGCUAUCGCAUGGAGAUGAGCUAAAAAAUGGUGCAAAAUUUACACAAUCAGGGAAAAGUGAUAUAGAGUUCUAUAAGCCUAUGAUUAGUAUGAAGGCUAGAUCUUCAGCUGAGGUGGUGAAAAUGACUGCAGAUGCUGGUGUUCUCAAGUGUGAGAUAGGGAUGGCCUGUGUUCGUAAGACGAGUGAGUAAUGUACCUGGAGUCUAAGUAAUGAAUGGAGACUCCUCAUCGACCAUCCUUCUCCAUGAGCUCGUCUAAAUGAAACUAGCUUUUUUUUUUUUUUUUUUGGUGUUUGUGUGUGUGUGUGUUUGGGGGGGAGGGGGGCAAAACAGAGGCUUGGGAAUUUUGGUGAACUCUCAGUAAGUCUUUUUUUAUUUUGUUUUAUUUUUUUGGCAAAGUAGCAGUUAAAUACAUUACAGUUUCCUCCA